CUGGGCACCCCAGGACUGGCCCUUCUCCUGCCGCCGGAACCCACUGGCACCAGUUUGACCAACUCCAGCGAGCCAGCCCCACCAUGGCCACCAGCGAGCCCACGCCAGCGCAGCCCAAGGCAGAGGAGCAGCAGAGCAUCGGGACACGCGUGGCCAACCUGCCCCUGGUGAGCUCUGCCUAUGACAUGGUGUCCUCCGCCUACACCUGCACCAAGGAGAGCCACCCCUACCUGCGCUCCGUGUGCGACGCUGCUGAGAAGGGGGUGAAGACUCUGACGGCAGCGGCAGCGAGCGGGGCCCAGCCCCUCCUCACCCGGCUGGAGCCCCAGAUUUCCACUGCCAACGAAUUUGCCUGCAAAGGGCUGGACAAGCUGGAGGAGAAGCUGCCCAUCCUGCAGCAGCCCCCCCAGAAGAUCAUCUCGGACACCAAACUGCUGGUGACCUCCACGGUGACAGGGGCCAAGGAUGUGCUGACCAGAGCCAAGGAUGCAGUGACCAGCCGAGUGACCGGUGUGAUGGACAUGACCAAAGGGGCCGUGCAGGGUGGUGUGGAGCUGACCAGGUCUGCGGUCAGCAGUGGCGUCAGCACCGUGGGCCAGAUGGUGGCCAGCGGGGUGGGCUCCGUGCUGGGCAAGUCAGAGGAGCUGGUGGAUCAUUACCUGCCCAUGACGGAUGAGGAGCUGGCCAAGCUGGCCACGUCCGUGGAGGGCUUUGAGGCUGCGCAGCAGAGGCAGCAGCAGAGCUACUUCGUGCGCCUGGGCUCCCUCUCCACCAAGGUGCGGCACCGAGCGCUCCAGCACUCCCUGGGCAAACUGCAGAGCGCCCGCCAGAGCAGCCAGGACCUGCUGGCCCAGCUCCAGCGCACCCUCGACCUGGUGGAGCACCUGAGGCAGGGCGUGGACCAGAGGCUGCAGGGAGGGCAGGAGAAGCUGCAGCAACUGUGGCUGGAGUGGAGCAAGAAGCAGCCGGGCAGUGGCAAGGACCAGGUGCCACCCGAGACAGUGGAGUCGGGCACGCUGACCAUGCUGCAGGGUUUGACCCAGCAGCUGCAGAGCUCUUGCCAGCCCUUGGUGUCCAGCCUGCAGGGCCUCCCCGCCAGCAUCCAGGACACGGCGGGGCAGGUCCGGCACAACGUGGAGGAACUGCGGGCGGCGCUGGGCUCGGUCACCUCCCUGCAGGACGUGACAGGCCCCGUGCUGGCCCGAGCCCGCAGCCACGCCACCAAAGCCCGGCAGCUGAUGGACGAGCUGGUGGAGCACGUGGCCUUCAACACCCCCCUGACGUGGCUGGUGGGACCCUUCGCCCCCUCGGGCAAGCGCCCGGUGGAGCUGGAGAUGGAGUAGCAAUCCUGGGCUGCUCUCCCUCCCCGCCCCAAAAAAGCCUCGUUAGGAGCCUUUGCUAAUUCCCCCCAGCCCUCCUGACCCCUAACCUUGUGCCUGCCUCUGUGGGGACCCUCCUGCCUGUCCCAGCUCCGUCCCUUGUCCCCUUGCUGGGGACCUGCAGUUU